CAUGUGUCCAUUAGUACUGCUGGAGGUUACCUGGAGGAAAGAGUUGAUGGUUUUCCUUGAAUUUGACAGCUCCGGCUGUCAUUAAUGUUCGUCCUUCCCCUUCUUAUCCGACGAGUCCCGCAAAGCAAGCACCUCAUGUCGUGGUAAAAUGUCGGAUUUCGAAGAAUUUGAGAAGCAGCUGAGUGCGAACCGUCAAGAGAGAGAAAGAGAAAGACACAAAAAGAGGAGUCGCAGUGGCUCGACUGGUCGCGGCGACAAACACGGUGGAUGGAGCAAAGAGCGGAGGGACAAACGGAGUCACAGUCGAGACUGGAAGAGUCGAGACCGGCGCAGUUCCUCACAAGACCACAAGAAACACAGACAUUCUUCUCCAAGGAGAACAAAGAAGAAAAAGCCGUGCAAGUACUGGGAUGUGGCUCCACCGGGCUUUCAGCACAUUACUCCACUGCAGUACAAAGCCAUGCAAGCAGCCGGUCACAUCUCGAGCACGGCCCUGUUGGCGACGUCCGCCGCUGCCGCCACCACCGUGUUGCCCAGCGUGACCGUGGCGCCACCUCCGGUGGCCCUAUUGGGAAAUCAAAUGACCAGACAAGCCCGCCGCCUCUACGUGGGGAAUAUUCCCUUCGGCGUCACUGAGGAAUCCAUGGCCGAAUUUUUCAAUGCUCAGAUGAGAUUGGCUGGCCUCUCGCAGGCCUCCACCAAUCCUGUCCUUGUUGUGCAGAUCAACCAGGACAAGAACUUCGCCUUCCUAGAGUUACGCUCGGUAGACGAGACCACGCAGGCCAUGGCCUUUGACGGGAUUGUUUUCCAAGGUCAGUCGUUAAAGAUUCGCCGGCCUCAUGACUACCGGCCGCUCCCUGGCCUCUCGGAGCAGCCUGCCUUCCACGUCCCAGGUGGGUCGCGCUGGACGACACACGCCACGAUGUCCCAGUGUUUUGUUGACACUGCCGUUGUGUAUUUGUGUCCAGGUGUCGUGUCCACAGUGGUUCCCGAUUCUCCUCACAAGCUCUUCAUCGGCGGUCUGCCCAACUAUCUGAACGACGACCAGGUGAAGGAGCUGCUGACUUCCUUUGGGCCUCUCAAAGCCUUCAACCUGGUGAAGGACAGCGCCACUUCGCUGUCCAAAGGCUACGCCUUCUGCGAGUACGUGGACGUGGGUGCCACGGACCAGGCGGUGUCCGGACUCAAUGGCAUGCAGCUGGGAGACAAGAAGCUCAUCGUGCAAAGAGCCAGUGUGGGAGCCAAAAACGCCGGCCUGCAGGCGGCCGUUAUGGAGACGCCGGUACUGCUUCAAGUUCCGGGUCUGCAGCGCGUGCAGAGUUGCGAGGGGGCGGCCACCCAGGUUCUGUGUUUGCUCAACAUGGUGCUGCCUGAAGAGCUGGCCGACGACGAUGACUACCAGGAGAUCCUGGACGACAUCCGCCAGGAGUGCUGCAAAUAUGGCAACGUCCGCUCCAUCCAGAUACCGCGGCCGCUUCACGGGGCACACGUGCCGGGUUGCGGCAAGAUCUUCGUGGAGUACGUGUCAACGUCCGACUGUCAGAAAGCCAUGCAAGCGCUGAGUGGCCGGCAGUUUGCCAACAGGGUGGUGGUGACCAAAUACUACGAUACAGAUAUGUAUCACAGACACGACUUUUAAAACACACGCACACACACACACACACUUUCCUUGGCUUCCAGUGCUUCUUAAGUCCAGAGUUCAUUUUACUCAUUGCACUCCACUUCCUCUGCAGUCCAAUGAAUUUCGAUAUAAUAUUUAUGUACAACACAUUGUGGUGCAUCGCAAUAAAUUUAAAUACUGCCGCCAGGCUUGAAUUAUUACAAGAUGUUACGAGUGUCUUUGCCACAUGUACGUGCACGUUUAUGGUGCUUUUUAAAAAUUAUUUUAAAAAAAUGUCAAAAGUAAUGUUUUGAGAUGAGUUUUAAAUUAUAUCGAACAGUUUUGAGGAUCAGAGUUUGUGGCGUGCUGAUGAUUUCAAGUAUUACAGAUUAUUAGUGAUUAAUCCAAAUUUGAGAUGUUUGUAUACAUUUUGUUUGUUGAUUAUGUGUUUUCUUGUACAUCUACAAAAUCGUGUUUGUCUUAAAGGAGCUCCCUCUUCAAACCAGGCAUCUAAAAAUCAAUGUGAUUUAUUAAUUAUGCCGUCGGAGUAGAUAGACUUGAAGAGGAUGCAAUUCAUCAACCAUCCAACGAGAUGUCGCUAUAAGCCAAAGCAGCGCUGAAUGGCGUCUGUAUGAGUUUUGCUGCCAUAAUAAGAAAAACUAUGACAGAGAACAAGAACGUGAGCAACAUAAUUUUUCUUAAUUCCAUUUACACUAAAAUAUUUUAGGAAAAGCGGGAAUAUAUAUGAGCGUGGAAAAGUACACUUGUGUAAAUACUUUUAUAGGAUUUGCUGUUGGAGAAUCGUGUGAAAUAUUUCUGGUAAAAGAACGAAAUGAAUGCAAACUGUUAAAUUUUCCAAGACAAAAUGAGGAAUGCGGUGAAAUAUGCAUUUGUCUGGCUUAUGUAAAUUUCACAAGUUCAAACACCAUUUAGGUGUCAAUAUCCAAUUAUUAUUUCAGAAUUAAACUGUCAUCUCCCGGAAUACAUGUUUGUAUUCAGUUUAUGUUCAGUUCAACUUUAUUUCUAUACGGCCAAUUCACAACAGAAGUUAUCUCAAGAUAUUUUACAAUAUGACGCCGCUGGGAAGUUUUCAUUUUUAAUGCAUAAAAAAAGGAAAUCAUUGCCUUGGAAGUCUAACAGCGCCAUCUAGUGGCAAUGACCUUCCUCACAAGCCCAAGACCUUUCCUGUGAUGAGACAACACGCUGCCUCAGCUAGCGUCCACAAAAAUCUACCGUCAAUGUAAAAAUCAUACAUGUUCUCGAUCAAAGCCACAAUAUUACAACAAUAAAGUGUAAAUGUGUAUUUUUUCAAA